CCAAAUUCUUCACACGUUUCACCUACAAAAUUAAACCUCUCAUUUCGUUAAAACUAGAAUCAAAUCGCAAUUUUGGUUCUGAAACGACGUUAAACGCACUUUUAAAAAGAAAAUCUUGAUUUCAGAAUGAACGGAGCUUCGCCGGAGUGUCACAACAACAUCCCCGGCAAUACCACCGGCGGCGGCGGUGGCGAGGUGAGUGUGUUCGAAAGACAACAAGCAAGAAUGAAGUGGCAACAACAACAACAGAUGCUUUUUAAUGGGAAUGAUCAUCAGGUUCCUAACAUGUUAUCUGCUAUGCAACCUUCGGGUUUGAUCGGAAACUUUGCCAUUAAACCCGACCCGGGUAUUGAAAACGGGUGGCCAGAUUUCAGUUAUGGUGAUCAGUUGGGUUAUGGGUCUGGGUUUGAUCAUAUGAAUCAAAACACACAUUCAAGAAUGACAAGCUUCCGUCCACCAUUAAUGGCGGAUCAGACAAUCUUGCAGAAAAACUCAAGCUCAGCCUCAUUAUCACCCAAGAAAAGAAAAGCCCAUGAGAAUCAGAAACUAAAGGUGGUUUCUGAAGAAAAUGGCGUCAAAGAGAAGGAGUUAAAAGGGUGUUCUGAUGGAGAUUCUACAGAAACUUCAUCAAAAGAAAAACCAAAGCUAACAGAAGCUAAAAAACAAGAGUAUAUUCAUGUUCGAGCUCGUCGAGGCCAAGCCACCGAUAGCCAUAGCUUGGCCGAACGAGUGAGAAGAGAGAAGAUCAGUGAGAGAAUGAAGUAUCUUCAAGAUUUAGUUCCUGGAUGCAACAAGAUCACUGGAAAAGCUGGAAUGCUUGACGAAAUCAUCAAUUACGUUCAAUCCCUCCAAAGACAGGUGGAGUUCUUGUCCAUGAAGCUUGCUACCGUUCAUCCCAGAUUAGACUUCGAUAUCGAUAGCUUAAUCACAACAGAGAUGUUUGUGUCGGGCGAAGUUUCAGCAGUCGGGUAUUCAUCGGAGAUGGCUAAUUCCACAUAUCUGCAGUUAAACUCGUUACUAGAAAUGGGAACGAACCCGAUUGACAUGGUGUUAAGAAGCAUUGGUUCUCCAGUUUCGAUCCCUGAAACAUUUGUCGUUUCGUCGUGUUUCAAUCAGAUUCAGCCAACUGUUACAUGGGAUGCUGAUCUACAGAAUCUAUACAGAAUGGAACUUCAACAUGAUACAUCAACAAUACCAUUUCAAACCCAGAAAUUUACAGGUUCAUAUGAAGGAAGCAAUCUGAAGAUGGAGAUGUAAACAAGAAGAUUCAUAAUAUGAGGAAUUCUUUUUGGAUGGAUUAAAUCUAAAUGUUACCAAUCUUGAUUCAUUAGUCAUGGCUCAUGUAUAUAUAUAUAUAUAUAUUAUCUAUAUAUGCAUAUAUAUCAACAUAUGUAAGCAUUCUAGGAACAAUAACUAGAAUUUGAACAUUUCCACAUUCUGUUGUAAACUCUAUGAUACAGAUCGAGUUUAUCGAAGAAAGUUCAUUAAUGGCC